AUGGAGGAUUUUGUAAGGAAACAUAUCCUGGCCAUCAGUGUCUUCCAAUGGGUGUUGACCUUUCUGCUCAUGGGUAUAUUUUUCACCCUGCUGCUCAUCUAUCUUCUCUUCACCUCAUUUUGGGUGUUUUCGGUGGUCUAUUUCACCUGGUUGCUAUUCGAUUGGGACACUCCAGUUCGAGGUGGUCGCAGAAUAGAGUGGAUAAGGAAUUGGACAAUAUGGAAGCAUUUUAGAGACUACUUCCCUAUAAAGCUAGUGGCGUCUUCUGCACUCAGCCCCGACAGGAACUACGUCCUUGGUUGUCACCCCCAUGGCAUUUUCUCUGUGUCCUCCUUUUGCAACUUUGGUACUGAGGCCACUGGUUUCUCUGAGCUCUAUCCAGGAAUCCGCCCCAGGCUGGCGGUCCUCGCUGGGUUGUUCCGGCUGCCCAUAUACCGCGACUACGUCAUGUCGGCAGGAUGUGCUCCUGUGAGUAAGGACAGCCUGAAAUACAUCCUCACCCACUGCGGCACUGGGAAUGCGCUGAUCAUUGUGGUGGGAGGAGCGGCGGAGUCCCUGCAGAGCAGUCCGGGGGAUCAUGUGGUCACCCUGAGUGACAGGAAGGGAUUUGUCCGCCUGGCCCUGGAGAACGGGGCCGACCUCGUCCCCGUGUAUUGCUUCGGAGAGAACGACAUCUAUGAACAGGUCCGCUUUACUGAGGGCUCCUGGGGCUGGAAGCUGCAACUCCUCUUCCGGAAACAUGUGGGAUUUGCCCCCUGCUUGUUCAAGGGCACCGGGGUGUUCGGGGAGGGCAGCUGGGGCCUCAACCCCUUCCCUCGACCCAUAACUACAGUGGUGGGAAGACCGAUCCGUGUGCCGCAUUGUCCCGUCCCGUCAGAGGAAGAAGUGUCACAUUAUCACCAACUCUACAUAGAGGGACUGAAGCAGGUCUUCGAUGACUUCAAGGUGUCUUCUGGACUCUCGGCUAGUGAUGUUCUACAGAUCAUCUGACCUGCUUUUAGACAGCAUCUGGCUCUCCAUCUACUACAAUACUGUACAAGGCAGUGUGCCACGGACAUUCUGGCACUCAUAAUUCCACAGUUCCUAGCAUG